AUGAAGGAAUCAAAGGGUUUGGAGUGGUGGGUGGUAAUGUUAGCUUUGAUAUGGCUUUGUGGUAUUGGGUGUUUUGGUUUUUGGGAGGAAGAGAGGUUUGCUCUCUUGCAACUCAAAGCUUCCAUAAACUACCCAAAUGAAACUUCUUUGCCAUCUUGGGAGGACAGAGUGGAAGGUUAUAACAGUAUGGAGAGCGACUGUUGUUAUUGGGAAGGAGUUGAAUGCAACGAGACCACAUCUCAUGUAAUUAAGCUUUUCCUUAACUCUACAAGGAAUUGGUCUUUAGGAGAUUGGUAUUUCAAUGCCUCUUUGUUUCUUCCCUUUAAAGAGCUCCGAAAUCUUGACUUAUCUAACAACCAGCUUGUUGGUUGGGUCGCAAAUGAAGCAGGUUUCGAAAGAUUAUCUGUGUUGAGCAAGCUGGAGGUCCUUCGGUUGGAUUACAAUUACUUCAAUAACAGCAUCCUAUCAUCUCUUGGAUUGCUUUCGUCACUUCAGAGACUAUACAUAAGUGUGAACUAUUUGAAUGGAUCUAUUCACCUGCAAGACUUUCCUGCUACGAGCAACCUGGAAGAGCUGGACUUGAGUUAUAACGGAAAUAUUACCAGCCUCACUACCAUGAUAGGUAUGAAGAGCUUAAACAAGCUUCAAGUUCUUCGCAUGAAAGGCAUCACAUUUAAUGCAAGUGUUUUACAUUCACUAGGUGCAUUGCCAUCUCUCAGGAAGUUAAUCCUUAGAGUGGAGGGAUUGGUCACCAAAAAAGUGGAUGAGAAGGAUUUGCCUGUCAACAAAAGUAGAAUGAUAUGUAAUUACCGCUAUAGAUUAGUAGAAAAGUUUUCUUGA